AUGGGGGCAGGACAGAUUGGUGGAAUAGCUACUCUUAUGGAUAUAGACUUUGACAACGCUGCAGGUUUUCUCGGACAGAAAGCUAACAGAAAUGAGGCACAGCAUAUCGCUUACUACUUGUCGCACGCCAUGAUGUUCUGUACCGGUGUCUUAAUUGAAGCACACGUCGUACUCACACCGGCUAGUUGCGUGUUCGGUGAAAAAUAUAAAUUUGAACUUUUCGCCGGUACCCACGAGUUUCUGGAAAAUUCCGGAGUAAGAAGACUGGUAAAUAAUGUUUGUAUGCAUAAAGGGUACAAUCAUACAUUGCGAUGGAAAGAUUGUGUUUCGGAUAACCUCGCAUUACUGAUCCUCGAUAGGCAGUUUUCUUUUCAUAAGCCCGAGGAUGGCGCCGAUUAUGUCAUAAACAGAAUCCGGUACGGGGUUGCCGCACCAAAAGUCGAAAGUCUGUAUAAAGAUCGCUCAUGCCGGUUUUAUGGAUGGGGCAGCCGAAGAAAUGGUUAUCUAAUUCCACUGCUAAUUUAUCUCUAUCGCAUGGAUGUGACGGUUUUGCCAGUCAAGCAUUGCUCUCGUGUGUGGAACUAUCAGGACAAAUAUCUUUGCAUUCGUCAACCUGCUUGUAAGUCAGAAACGCAUGGCGUAUUGUGUCCGGACGACGUGGGCUCUGUAAUCGUCUGCUCCGGUUUCGCUGUAGGCAUGAUGACGUCACGACUCGUCGACCGUCCGUGUGGUGUUGGCUUCAUCGACUUAGCAAAAUACAACAAGUUUCUGACUUGCGGUGUUGACGAUUCGCGUGACGUCAUCGAUCAAGAGGCAAUUAUGGAGUUCGAUUUUACGACGAAACCUUUGAUGACACUUCAAACGAUCUCCACCAGCGACGCUCGUACUAAGACCCAAAAGGUUGACAAGGAUAAGACGAAUAUUACAAUUAAUAAGACUACUCCGAAGCGUCUCAGACAUAAUUUC